AUGGCCGAUGGGCAGAACAGCGCCAAGAGGUCCAACUCUCGCACGCGCUCUGUUUCGCGACCGACGACGCCUCUUCGACCCUCGUCCCGUUCCUCCUUUCGCGAGUCUGCACAGCGCUCAGUCGGCGGAGGCGAACCGUUUCCUCUAAACACGUUCGAACCCGCUUUUGCAGAGCUGUCCGACGCCGUGGCCGACCUCGAGGCCAACAUGAUGCACUUCCAGCUCAUGCACGAAAGCCUGGCCCGCUUCAGCGAAAGCUUUGCCAGCUUCUUGUAUGGACUGAAUAUGAAUGCCUUCUGCGUCGACUUUCCAGAGGGGCCGAUAGGCGAAUCUUUUCGACGGGCCAAGAUUAACGAGGAACACCCGGAGCCUGCAGGUCGGUCGCGUAGUACUGAGCGCGGCGAGCCAGACAGUGAAACUACAUUUAUGACCACGGACACUUCAUUCGUCGAGAACCCCCCUCCCACCUCCUCUAAAAUGACGCCAAAGAAGUUCACGACGUCCUCCGAGACACGACAAUCUCGCCUGCCCUCAGGCUCACGUGGUGGUAUUCAACGCCGCACAGGUGCUGGGCGCGGUCGUCCAAGUGGUCUUGUUCGACCUAGGGCACGCGGUCUUCGAUGA